CAGUAUAAAAGCCCAUGGUGUUGUAGGUGUUCAUACAUUGUAGUGCAAGAAUCUGAGCUACACACAUCACAUUGAGGAAAUGGAAGCUCCAAUGAAGUACAUUUGUGUUCUCGGGUUUCUUUUGCUUCUGGGCAUUGCUGAGUUUGAGCAAGUCGACGGGGCUGGCGAAUGUGGAAAAUCUUCUCCGGAUGCAGAAGCUUUGAAAUUGGCUCCUUGUGCAUCAGCAGCAAUGGAUGACAAAGCUACACCUUCUGAUACUUGCUGCCUUCAGGUCAAGAAAAUGGGCCAGAAUCCCCCUUGCCUCUGCGCCGUUAUGCUUUCAGACACUGCUAAAAGUUCUGGUGUCAAGCCGGAAAUUGCUGUGACCAUUCCCAAACGUUGUAACCUCGCUGACCGUCCUGUUGGUUAUAAGUGUGGAGCUUAUACCUUACCUUGAAGACUGAAGACCACAAAGUCAUCUUCUCAUGGAUAUGACAUACAAAGUACCAGUGUAUUGUUAGUCUUGCUAGAGUUGUGUUAUCCUAGCAAGUGUAUCUAGCUUAAUAAAGUCACUGUCGUGUCCAAACUUGUGAUUAAAGUUGUGUUAUCCUAGCAAGUGCAUCUAGCUUAAAUAAAGUCACUGUCAUGUGUCGAAACUUGUGAUUAAAGUUGUGUUAUCCUAGCAAGUAUAUCUACCUUAAUAAAGUUACUGUCGUGUCGAACCUUGUGAUUAAAGUUGUGUUAUCCUAGCAAGUAUAUCUACCUUAAUAAAGUCACUGUCAUGUGCAGACUCGUGAUUAAUAAACAAAUUACUGUGGUAAUCA